AUGCAGAGUGCGCAAAGCAUGAGCCCCAGUCUGCCCACGCAGUGCCUCUGCCUGGCUCUCCUGCUCCUCCAUCUCUUGGGACAGGUCGCUACGACUCCACGCUGCCCAAACCCGUGCCCGGCCCGGUGCCCCCAGACGCCGCCGACCUGCGCCCCCGGGGUGAGAGCGGUGCUGGACGACUGCUCCUGCUGCCUGGUGUGUGCCCGCCAGCGUGGCGACAGCUGCUCGGAGCUGGAGCCCUGCGAAGAGAGCCGGGGCCUCUUCUGUGACCGCAGAGCGGACCCCAGCGCCCAGACUGGAAUCUGCAUGGCCAUAGAGGGAGAUAACUGUGUGUUCGACGGGGUCAUUUACCAAAGUGGAGAAACCUUCCAGCCCAGCUGCAAAUACCAGUGCACCUGCCAAGAUGGGCAGAUUGGCUGUGUGCCUCGCUGUGACGAGGACCUGCUACUACCCCAACCUGACUGCCCGGUUCCAAGAAAAGUUGAAGUGCCCGGGGAGUGCUGUGAAAAGUGGAUCUGUGACGCAAAUGACACGGAGGCAUUAGGCGACCUGCACGCCCUUCCCGCCUACAGGACAGAAACCACUCUAGGAGUUGCAGUCUCUGACUCGAGUAUCAACUGCAUUGAACAGACUACAGAGUGGAGCGCAUGUUCCAAGAGCUGUGGCAUGGGCUUCUCCACCCAGGUCACCAACAGGAAUCCGCAAUGCGAGAUGGUGAAGCGGACUCGGCUCUGCAUGGUGCGGCCCUGUGACCAGGAGCACAGGCAGCCCACAGAUAAGAAAGGAAAAAAGUGUCUGCGCACCACGAAGUCCCUCAAAGCCAUCCACCUGCAGUUCAAGAACUGCACCAGCCUGCAUACCUACAAGCCCAGGUACUGCGGAGUCUGCAGCGAUGGCCGGUGCUGCACCCCUCACAACACCAAAACCAUCCAGGUGGAGUUCCAGUGCUCCCCUGGGCAGGUCAUCAAGAAGCCAGUGAUGGUCAUUGGGACCUGCACCUGUCACAACAACUGUCCUCACAACAACGAGGCUUUCCUCCAAGAGCUAAAGCCGAGCACCAGCAAAGGGAAAAUGUAA